GUAAUGUACAAACGACUCCUGCAGCAAGCAGGUUUUAUACAGUUUGCACAGCUUCAGUUCCUUGAAGCAAAAGAACUCUUCAGAAGCGGCCAGCUUGAUGUCCGGGAGCUGAUCUCUCUCUACCCCUUCCUGUUGCCUACUUCCUCUUCAUUUAUACGGUCUCACCCCCCUCUGCAUGAGUAUGCGGACCUAAACCAGCUGACCCAAGGGGACCAGGAGAAGAUGAUGAAAUGCAAACGAUUCCUCAUGAGUUACUUGAAUGAAGUCCGCAGCACUGAGGUUGCCAAUGGCUACAAGGAAGAUAUCGACACAGCUUUACUCAAGCUAUAUGCAGAGGCAAAUCAUGAAAGCCUGCUGGAUCUGCUCGUUUCAGAGAACUUUUGUCUUUUAACAGACAGUGCUGCCUGGCUGGAAAAACAUAAAAAGUAUUUUGCACUUGGUCUCCUGUAUCACUACAAUGGUCAAGAUGCUGCGGCGCUGCAGUUAUGGGUGAAAAUAGUUGAUGGAGACAUUCAGGAUUCUACACGUUCAGAUCUCUAUGAAUAUAUCGUAGACUUCCUUACAUUCUGCUCAGACCACGAUCUAGUGUGGAAAUAUUCUGGAUGGGUUUUACAAAAAAACGAAGAGGUUGGAGUACAGAUUUUCACUAAAAGGCCUUUGGAAGAACAGGAGAAAAACAACAUUAAUCCAGAUGAUAUCAUCAGUUGCCUUAACAAGUAUCCUAAAGCACAUGUUAAAUACCUAGAACAUCUAGUAUUGGAAAGAAAAAUAGAGAAAGAAAAGCACCAUACUCAUCUAGCUGUCUUGUACUUGGAGGCAAUACUUCAGCUAAAAUCCGUGACCACAGAUAAUUGUACAGAAACAACUGAACUGCUGUUUAAACUACGCAGUCUGCUUCAGAAAUCUGAUCUUUAUAGAAUUCACUUUAUUUUGGACAAAAUCCAGGGCACAGACCUUCAUAUGGAAAGUGCAAUUUUAUAUGGAAAACUAGAGGAACAUGAGAAGGCUUUACAUAUCCUUGUCCACGAGUUAAAGGACUUCCGUGCUGCUGAGGAAUACUGUAUAUGGAACUCUGAAAACAGGGACAUGCAAUACAGGCGGAGGCUUUUCCAUAUGCUGCUGUCAGUGUAUUUAAGUCCAGGCGCUUCGGACUGUAUGCUAGUCAUGGCUGCUGUGGAUCUCCUGAAUAACCACGCUGCUGAAUUUGAUGCGGCUCUAGUUUUGCAGCUGGUGCCCGACAGCUGGUCAGUGCAGCUCCUCUCCCCAUUCCUGGCUGGAGCAGUGAGGAAAAGCAUUCAUACGAAAAGAAUGACUCAGGCUACGCUUGGGUUAGCACAAGCUGAAAACUUAAUCUACAAGCACGAGAAGGUUAAACAGAAAGGAACCCCAAUUCUUCUUUCGGACAAAAAGGUCUGUCAAGUGUGCCAAAACCCUUUCUGCGAGCCUGUAUUUGUAAGAUACCCAAAUGGGGGUAUGGUCCACACGCACUGUGCUGCCAAGAGACACCUGAAUUCCAACAUGACUCACCACUCUUCCAGCUCUAGCAAUCAGACUUGA